CGGUGAGAAAGAUAAAAAAGUUUCUCUUGUCCACAAUCUCUCUUUCUACUUCUAGACGAAGUCUCGUUGGUUUCAACCAUGAAGCAGAAAAGUGGAUAGAGGUUGUCUCUUGGGUUGAAGCCAAAGAAGGAAGUUUAUAUAUAUUUACACAAACUAAAAUGAAAGAAAGAAGUUAGGAUUAUAUAUAGAGACUCAUUUCUUGUAUUGUUAUGACGAGCAAAGACAUGUUACUUCAUCAGCAAGUACAACAACAACAAGAGGAGAAUAUGUCGAAUCUAACAUCUUCUGGGGAUCAAGCAAGUGUCUCUUCAGGAAACAGAACUGAAGCAAGUGGUUCUAAUUUCUUCCAUCAUCAACAACAACAAGAAGAGCAACAACAGUUCAGUGUUCCUGAAUCUCAGCCUCAGAAGAAGAGGAGAAACCAACCAGGGAAUCCAGACCCCGAGUCAGAAGUGAUUGCUUUGUCACCAAAAACACUGAUGGCAACAAACAGAUUCGUCUGUGAGAUCUGCAACAAAGGAUUCCAAAGAGAUCAGAAUCUACAGCUUCACAGGAGAGGUCACAAUCUACCAUGGAAGCUGAAACAACGAUCCAACAAAGAAGUGAUAAGGAAGAAAGUGUAUGUUUGUCCAGAAGCAAGCUGUGUCCACCAUGACCCAUCUCGAGCUCUCGGUGACUUGACCGGAAUCAAGAAGCAUUUCUGCAGAAAGCAUGGAGAGAAGAAGUGGAAAUGUGACAAAUGUUCAAAGAAAUAUGCUGUUCAGUCAGAUUGCAAGGCUCAUUCUAAGACUUGUGGCACUAAAGAAUACAGAUGUGACUGUGGCACUCUCUUUUCUAGGAGGGAUAGUUACAUAACUCAUAGAGCAUUUUGUGUAGCACUGGCAGAAGAGACAGCCAGGGAAGUAGUAUUACCACAAAACCAGAAUCAUCAAUCAAACCCUCUUAUCAUUCACCAGUCUUCUUCUCAUCAUCAAGCACAAGCAAACAUGAACAUCUCUUCCUCAUCUUCCUCUUCCCACAACAUCAUCAAUACUCUUCACUUCGAAACCAACGUUAAUAAUUGUGAGAGUAGCAGCAACCAUCUACAUACAUUUCCCAUGAAGAAAGAGCAACAACAAACCGAUGAUCAAAUCAUCAAUUACCACCACCAUGGCGUCCCUACUUGGCUUUCUCCUCAGCCGCAAGAUCUCACAUCUUCAAACCCUAGCCCUAGUAAUGGUGGUGGAGGAGGAGGUUUGUUCUCUCUUGCAGCUUCUCCGGCUAUGUCAGCCACAGCAUUACUCCAGAAAGCAGCCCAAAUGGGUUCCACAAGAACAACUCCUUUGCCACCAACCACCGACUUCGAGAGGUCUCAUAACACCCUCACCACGACAAUGGCGGCCAUGACGUCACCGUCGGGAUUCAUCACUUCAAACAACAACAAUCAAGCCUUCAUUCAAGACUACAACGCCUCCGGGUUUAACCAUCAUCACGGUGGAGAAGAAGCCUUCGACAACACAUUCAGCGGGUUCUUGAGGACAAACGCUGAUACCACAACCGCAGGAUCAGACACGAAUAAAAGCGGUGGAGGAGGAGAGGGUUUGACGAGAGACUUCUUGGGGAUAAGACCGUUAAUGUCUCAUAACGAGAUUCUAAGUUUUGUCGGUCUCGGGAAUUGCAUCAAUGACGCUGCUUCCGAUCAGCUUCAUCCAAAGCCUUGGCAGGGUUAGUUAGUUUCUUUGCUUAUAUAAUGAGUCUAUCUGAGAUUUUAAUAUUAAUAUAUGUGUAUAUAAAUAUCUAGUUUUAUAUUUCUUCGUUUUAAAAAUUUUAUAUGCUGAAUUCCAAAGGAGAAUCAAAAUUAAAAUGGUGCACGUUUACACAUAAAUCAUGUUUGAUUAAAAUUGUCACGUAUUCGUCUA